AGAAGAAGUAGCCGGAGGUUAGCUUGGUCGCUGAGUUCCCAGAAAAAGGUCUUAGUCUAUGGAAAACAGGAGACUAAUGUUUCAGGCCUCACGUGACAGUCUCUAUAUUUUAUCGAUUAGACAUAUUCUUUUAACCUCCAUGAUUAUUUAUAGCAGACAUUUGCAGCGUAUCAUGUUGUUAGCCUUCAUUAGCAAAGUGAAUGGAUUGUUAGCCACCAUGGAGCUGAAGCUGCUAACAUCAGGGACUUAAUCAGCGUUUCCGGUAUUAAAGCCUUAAAAGUUCAUGGCUUAGAGCUACGAGACGAGUCCAGACUCUGAGUUCAUCAGACUGUGUGAGGAAGACUCCAUCCUCUGUGGACACCUCCUCUAACCUUGUUGUCCAGCUGAGGACCGAGAGACUGGGGACAGUUCCAGAGAGGACACAGAGCUGCUGACCAAGUUUCAGGCAGCAGAAAAAUAGAAGAUUCAGGUUGUACAGCUGAAUCCUUGAUCUACUUGGACACAUCAAAUGUAUCUUGGAUGUCUGAGAUGAUGAAGGUUGAAGCAGAGGACCCUGGAGGACCCAGUUUGGUAUCACCCAGACCUGCAGCAUCCUCAUCAGAACUGGAGGAGAAACAAGACAACAAAGAUCUCCUGUCCCAUGACCAGCAGCUUUUGGUAAUUAAAGAAGAGAUUCCUCAUUUGUGGGACUCCACUUUGGACCAAGAACCCACCCACAUAAAAGAGGAAGAGGAUGAACUCGGGAGAUGUCAGGAGGAAGAGCACCUUCAAGAGACUGAUGGCAUUGCUGUUUGUGUGAAGAGCGAAUACGAUGAAGAGGAAGCUCAGUUAUCAGAGCUUCAUUGUAUCAAAAUUAAAAACAACAGAGACCCUGAAUCUCUAACCAGCAGGUCAGUUGUACAGAUGGAAGCAGAACCUGAUGGAAAGGACUGUGGAGGCACUGAACCAGACUGGAACCUAGAUCCAUAUACUCAAGCCCCACCAGAGAUUUAUGAAACUGCUUCUGAUUCUUCUGAGACUGAAGCCAGUGAGGAUGAGGAGGAGGGUGAUUGGCAGGGACCUUUGUCAGAUUCUGAAUCUGGGAGUAAAGAUAGCAUGAACAUCAAGGAGAGCAGAGCUCCUCACUCGGACCUAGGCACUGAUGAGAAAUGUAGCACUGCCAAAAAAUUCUUCAGCUGCUCUGAGUGUGGUAAACAGUUUAUCUCCAAGCAGUCUCUUCAGAGACACAUGAAGAGUCAAACAGAAACAAAGUUCUUAAGCUCUUUGAAUAAUAAGAAAUGUCUCAAAGUAAAAGAAAAUAUAGAUUCACACGCAGGAUUCAUCAGUGAGGGAAGUCAGCUUAGCUGUGAUGAAAGCAGAAUAAUCUUUAAUUGUAUAGACAGUUUUCAGUCGCAUCUGUCGGUCCAAGGUGGCGACAAACGAUUUAGCUGUGAGAUUUGUGGCAAACGGUUCAAAAAUAAGUACUAUGCUAGAAGACAUACUUUGUUACACUCUGGAACGAGAGCACAUAGUUGUGGUCAGUGUGGUAAAGGGUUUAUUAAAAAGAGUCAACUUCAGACACACAUGAGACUCCACAGUGCAGAGAGACCGUUUGCCUGUGAUGAUUGUGGUAAAGGUUUUAAUCAGAAGUCGCAUCUGGAAGUUCACAUGAGGUUCCAUUCAGGGGAAAAACCAACAAUUUGUGAUCUUUGUGGCAAAACGUUUAGUGUAAAGUAUUACCUUAAGGACCAUAUGAGAAGUCACACUGGAGAGCGACCAUUUGCCUGCGACGUUUGCGGUAAAAGCUUCCGGAGAAAAACUAAUCUUGACUUGCAUACUAGGGUCCACGUCGGGGAGAAACCAUUCGUUUGUAGUGUUUGUAAUAAGGAAUUUUCACGACAAGGAAACCUGAAACAGCACAUGAGUGUCCACAGCAGUGACAAGCGGUUUGCUUGUAGUGUGUGUAGCAAAGGCUUUUCGCGAAAAGAACACCUCAAGCUACACAUUGGCGUUCACACGGGAGAAAAAGCGUUCAGUUGUAGUGAGUGUGGGAAAAGUUUUUUGCAGAAGAUCCAUUUAAGGCGACACAUGUUGAUCCACACAGGAGAAAGACCAUUUGUCUGUGAUGUUUGUGAUGGAAGAUUUAGGCUAAAGCACCAUCUUCUGGCCCAUAUGUUAAGCCAUGCAUGAGAUAAAAUGUUAAGUCUGAUUAAGUUCUGUCUGGGAAAUAAAAAUCCACAAAACAGAUCCAAUUAUUAAUCUGAUUUCAUGGCAUGCCUCCCUGUUACUCACAAGGACUAGCAGAAGAUAACGCCGUGUGUGAAUGCAGCGGACCAGCAUUCCUUGACUUUUGGCUUUUUUCAUCUCUGCUUGUGGCAUGUGUGCAGUUACAGCAGGGCGGAACUGCUGUCCGUUGCGGUAAACGUCUUCUGUCCACAAAAUAACUUAAAUCUAUGGAAUAGUAUUCCACCGGAGAUUUGGCAGCCAUCGAACGCAGCCGGCUUUAUCAUCCCCCCACUAAAGUAGCAUAGGCGGCAUAGACACAGGAAGCAGGAGUGAGGCAAAAGAGGGGGAUUAGCAGCUAAGCUAAAGGCUAACCCUUACAAACCGGUGAUCCCCAGUCUUUUUCUUACCAACGCCCGGUUGCUAAACAGCAAAAUGGACGAACUACGACUGCAGAUCAACUCUCACGCUCUGGAAUACUGUGUACUGAUUGUCACAGAGUCCCGGCUGGAUCAAAACAUCCCCGAUGCGGCUAUUGAGUUAGCGGGCCGUGAUGUCUUCAGAGUUGACCAGACAAUAGACUCUGGUAAGAGUAGAGGAGGAGGAGAACUUUGUGUUAACAUUGACAACAGAUGGUGCAUUAACACACUCACUGCUCUCUAGACAUUUAAUUUAUAAUGCUGCAGUGCAAACCCUUUUUUCUAAGCAGGGAGUUCACAUCAGUGGUAAUAAUUGAUGUCUUUGUGCCUCCUGAUGCUAAUGCUAAAGUGUCAAUCAACCAGCAUUCAGCUGCACAGCCAGUCAGUGUAAUCACAGUUGCAGGAGAUUUCAGUCAAGUCAACCUGAAAUACAUUCUGCCUAAAUACUACAAAUACGUGAACUUCCCCAUCAGGGAAAAUUAUAUUCUAGACCAAGUCUACUGCAACAUCUCUAAUGGUUAUAAAGCCAACCCUUUGCCUCAUCUGGGUCUAUCCGAUCACCUGUCGGUCUCCCUUAUUCCUGCUUACAGACCACUAAUUUGUCAAAAAAACACAAGAACAAUUAGUUUGGACUGAGGAAACCACCGCAGCCCUACAGGAUUGUUUUUAGAUCACAGACUGGGGGGUCUUUGCGGAGGGGACAGACCUGGACAGUCAUACAUCUGCAUUAUUGGACUACAUCGAUUUUUGCUCUGAGAAUGUGACAGAGGCUAAAACCUUCAAAGUCCCCUAACCAGAAACCGUGUCUCAACACCGAAGUGAAGUUCCUACUAAAGGCACUGGAUAUUGCCUUUAAAGCAGGGGACCUGCUAAGCUACAAAGAAACUCAGACAAAUCUGCGGAGGGGCGUUAAGAAGGCCAAGCACAGCUACCGGAAGGGCAUCGAGGCCCACUUCUGCAACAACAACUCCAGAGGUAUGUGGCAGGGGGUUUAAGGCCUUGACUGACUACAAUAACAGCACCACAACCACAAUACCAUCUGACAGCAGCAACCUAGACACAAUGAAGCAGUUCUUUGCUCACUCCGAUCAUCACAGCAGGGAAAACACCGUUCCUGCUCCACCAGAGGAUGACAACCUGCUACAGCUGCAGCCACAUCAGGUCAGAGACACCCUGCGCAGAGUCAGCGUGAGGAAGGCACCUGGCCUAGAUGGAGUCAUAGGGCGGGUACGCAAGGCCUGCGCAGACCAGCUAGCAGAGGUAUUUACAACCAUCUUCAACCUCUCGCUUCAACUGGUGACGGUUCCCAACCAGCAUUAAAUCAGCCAUCAUCAUCCCUUUACCCAAAAAGAUCCUAGUGAACUGCCUGAAUGACUUUCGCCCAGUUGCUCUCACUCCCAUCAUUGCUAAGUGUUUCGAGAGACUCAUCCUCCCCUGCAUCAAGUCCGGCAUUCCAGCUGACCUUGACCAAUACCAAUUUGCCUACUGGGCAAACAGGUCAACAGACGGAUGCGGCCAUGAUGGCGCUCCACACAGCCCUCACUCAUCCUGACCAGAGUAACACCCAUGUGAGGAUGCUAUUUGUGGAUUUUAGCUCAGCAUUUAACACAGUCAUCCCCGCUUUGGUCACAAAGCGGGGCAGCCUGGGCUUGAGCAGUUCACUCUGUGCAUAGAUUCGGGACUUAAUCAGGAACAGGCCCCAGCAUGUCAGGACGGGAGACCGCUCUUCCUCCACACUCAUCCUGAACACUGGAACACCACAGGGCUGUGUCCUCAGCCCCCUUCUCUUCUCCCUCUUUACCCAUGACUGCUCCCCUGUUCAUCCCAUAAACACCAUUGUGAAGUUUGCUGACGACACCACCAUUGUAGGACUAAUUAAGGACAACGACUUUGUUGUGCUGUAAAAAACUUUGCCUGGUCUUAUUUGCAUGAUAGCCAGAGAGAGUAAUUUAAAUCUGCAGACUCUCUGCGCUCAUGUGCUCCGUCUCCUAUCCAUAAUAAAAAUAAGUAAAUUAAAAUUGUGCAAUUUUA